GACUUUAGACACCGGAGUGUUUACCCGAGUAACCACCUCGGGGCUCUGCGGGCUCUGCAAUCUGGACGAAGGAAGACGCAGUGGUUUGUAGCAAUUACAUCACCGGAAGCAAUUACAUCACCGGAAGCAGUUUAUUACUGUAUCUUCUUCAACGAAGGAUGCCACGCCAGAUCCGUUACUGAGGUCUUGGAUUUCUUCGGGGUAGGCCCGACGAAAGGUCUCACUGAUUCUCAGGUUAUACAGCGUGCUAGGCAUUUUGGAAAAAGUGGUAAUGUAAUGCGGAAAAAUUAUUUUUCAUGUUUUUCACCACAUUUGCACAUGGUUUUCUUACAGUUAUGAAUGUGGUUUUGGUUGUCAACUUUUAACAUCUUCUACUUCAAGAAAAGCAGAUGUUGAUGCAAAUUACAUCUUCAUGUCAAUAAGUUAAUUCUGUUGCAGUCGCUUAAUGAGCAAACAUUUUUAGUGAAAUUUGAUAUACAUUCUUUUUCUGUUUCUCUUCUAAUAACUUUUUUUCCUUUUUUUGCCUUUUUUUGGUUGCAUGCUUGUUUUAUGGUAUCCGGUGCUGCCUGAAGAAAAAAGAACUCCCUUCUGGAAACUGGUUUUGAAACAAUUUGAUGAUUUACUUGUGAAGAUAUUGAUUGCUGCUGCUUUUAUUUCUCUUAUUUUGGCACUGAUUAGUGGUGAAACUGGCUUAACAGCAUUCUUGGAGCCUUCUGUCAUCCUAAAUGAUAUUGGCUGCUAGUGCAGCAGGAGUAAUUACAGAGACAAAUGCUGAGAUGGCUCUUGAGGAGCUACAUGCAUAUCAAGCUGAUGUUGCAACUGUGCUUCGAAAUGGUUGCUUUUCAAUUCUUCCAGCAACAGAUCUGGUCCCAGGAGAUAUAGUAGAAGUUGUUGAUUCCAGCUGAUAUGGGAAUGAUUGAGAUGCUAAGUGAUCAGUUAUGUGUUGACCAAGCAAUUCUUACAGGUGAGAGCUGCUCUGUGGACAAAGAGAUUGAGUCCACUAAAGCCACAAAUGCUGUUUACCAAGACAAGAUAAAUAUUCUUUUCGCGGGUACUGUUGUUGUUGCUGGCAGGGUGAGGGCUAUUGUUGCUGGAGUUGGUUCUAAAACUGCUAUGGGCAGCAUACGUGAUUCUAUGUUGAGGACAGAUGAUGAAGCGACACCUUUGAAAAAGAAACUGGAUGAGUUUGGUACCUUUUUGGCCAAGGUUAUUGCAGGAAUUUGUGUACUUGUGUGGACUGUAAAUAUUGGUAAUUUUCGUGACCCUUCUCAUGGUGGCUUCUUGCGUGGUGUAAUUCAUUACUUUAAGAUUGCAGUUGCUCUUGCUGUUGCAGCAAUUCCAGAAUGCCUUCCUGCUGUUGUUACAACGUGUUUGGCCCUUGGAACAAAGUGAAUGGCUCGGUUGAAUGCCAUUGUUCGAUCAUUGCCAUCUGUCAAGACUUUAGGUUGCACCACAGUGAUUUGCAGUGACAAGACUGGAACUCUGACGACAAACAUGAUGUCUGUUUCAAAGAUUUGUGUGUUUAAUUCUACACAACAUGGUCCUCUAGUUGCUGAGUAUGGUGUUACUGGGACAACAUAUGCACCGGAUGGCAUUAUUUUUGACAGCAGUGGGAUACAGCUUGAAUUUCCUGCUCAGUUGCUUUGUCUUCUUCACAUAGCAAUGUGUUCAGCUCUAUGGAAUGAGUCUGUCCUACAGUAUAUAACCCAGAUAAGGGGAACUAUGAAAAAAUUGGCCAGUCAACUGAUGUGGCCCUCCGUGUGUUGGCAGAAAAGGUUGGUCUUCCUGGCUUUGAUUCUAUGCCAUCUGCUCUGAACAUGUUGAGUAAGCAUGAUCGAGCUUCUGACUGUAACCACUAAUGGGAAAGUCAAUUUAAAAAGGUUUCUGUUUCGGAUUUUUCUUGUGAUUGUAAGAUGAUGAGUGUCCUUUGUAGCUGUGGGCAGAUGGGGAUAAUGUUUUCAAAAGGUGCUCCGGAGAGUAUCAUCUCCAGGUGCACAAAUGUCCUCUGCGAUGAUGAUGGCUCCACUGUUCCGUUGACUGCUAACAUCAGAGUGGAAGUGGAGUCCAGUUUCCACAGUUUUGCAAGGAAAGAAACAUUGAGAUGCCUGGCUCUGGCCAUAAAGAUAAUGCCCUUGGGUCAAAAGACUAUAGCCUUUGAGGAUUAGAAAGACCUUACAUUUAUUGGGUUGGUAUGCCUUCUUUUCA